UAAAUUUUAACGAUGUUUUGAAUUUUAGGAUCAUCAAAAUGUCCAGCCCCAAUCUUAACAAUGUGAUAGCAACUGGUUGUGUGAUUGCUUACAUUUCAUUGAUACUGAUGGCAAUUGAAAGCAAACAAGUAUCUCCGUAUAUAUUUGAUGUUCUUUGUAAGGUGCGGCAGUUUUUACCCCCUUGUGCAUUUACGUUGGCAUUUGGAACAAUGUUUCUAAAAACAUGGAGAGUGCACGCCAUCUUUACAAAUGUCACAGUAAAAAAGCAGGUUAUAAAAGAUUACAAACUGUUUGGAAUCUUGAGUAUAUUUCUCUUUGUUGAUGUCAUAAUACUGAUCACGUGGUUCGCAGUAGAUCCAAUGAGGCGCGUUGUAAAAAAUUCAACCAAUGAGAUAUGGAAGGAAGGUGGACAAUAUGUGAUUAUUCCACAGAAUGAGUUCUGCACAAGUGACUACACGUUUAUAUGGAUGGCCAUUGUAUGUUCAUACAAAGGGAUACUGCUGGUUUUUGGUCUUUUCUUGGCAUGGAACACUCGACAUGUUGCGUUACCUACGCUCAAUGAUAGCAAGUACAUUGGUGUGAGUGUUUACAUAACGGUGAUUACAUGUGUCAUUGGACCGACCACUUCAUUUGCUCUCAAAGAUUACCAUGAUAUUUCGUAUGCCAUUACAUCAGUAUCAAUACUCCUGUGCACUACUGCCACCCUGUGUUUGGUGUUUGUACCCAAAGUAACAGCACUAAGGCGUCUGGGUGACAGGCCGGAUAACUCAAUGCAGAUACGCUUACAUGGGUUAAAAAGCAAAGAAAGGCAGCCAUUGAGAAGUCUUGUGUCUAUGACAGUCAGCCCAUUUUCUGGUAAUAUGUCUGGCUACCCUGCACGCUCUGGAACGGGAGAAUCCACUAUAGAAGAUAAACAAAGCAGUUCAACAUCUGAACAAAAUGGCUUACUAGCAAAUGAAGAUAUAGUUAAAAAGCUAAAAAUUGAGAAAACUAAACUAGAAAAAGAUUUUAAAAAGGCUUGUGAGCUGCAUGAACGACUAGAAAAGACCACACUAUCACCAGACUCGUGCUACAUACAGAUUAUGAAAGAAUCAAAACCUACACAUCAAAGCUUAUCCGGCAUAUGACAUAGCAAACUGUAUUAAUACCAUUUGUAUAAGCUCUACAUUAUACAAAGUAUACACUACCAACAAAUGUAAUAUAUAGGCAAAGAGAUAGUUUCAUUGCUCUAUGUCAGAGAUAUAUAAAGCAAAUGAUAACUUGGAGCUAAAUCAUAAGUCCCUUGGCUUGCCUUGCUAUAGGACCUUGCUCUAAUAGAGUAUAUUACAUCUGGGGUUAUUGUUUUAAAUGCACAUAUGUCAAUUGAGCAGCAGAGGUGUCCUGCUUUUAUUUAUUAUAUAAGUCACUUGAGUUUAUUGUAUUUCUUCCACUGUGGAAACUGUGAUGAAAUAAGUUUCGUGAUCAUUCAAGUUGCAUUUCGUCCAUUAAAGAGUUUAAAGAAUGAA